GAGCCGCACUUCCCGCCUGGAGCCGCCGCCUUCGGCGCCUGCGCGGCCGCGCUGCCUCCCCGGCCCGCCCCGCUCCCGGCCCGGCCAUGGCUCUGCGGCUGCUGCGCGGAGCGCCCAGCGCAGCGAAGCCAUCACUUCUUUACAACUUGUGGAGCAGCUCCAGCUCUAAGCCAGAAGGAAGAUCUGAACCUACUAAGCAGCCACUUAAGAAACCGAAGUUACCAGUAGGCCGAUUUGAUGAACCGGAAGAAUCCAGUAUAGAGAGGGAACCCCUGGAAAAAUUCCCUGAUGGAAUUAAUCCUACUACAAAAGAGAGGGGUGGACCUAGAGGCCCUGAACCUACACGUUUCGGAGACUGGGAGAGAAAAGGACGUUGUAUAGAUUUUUAAUAUUUAAAUGUGUCCUUAUUGCUAAUAAAAUAUUUCUUGUUGUUGAAAAAUAUAAUGUACAGAAAAAAAUCUCAGCUGGAUUUGUUGUGAAGCUUCUUGAUUCUGUCAUGCUUGUGGUGGAAUUUUCUGAGUGAUAUAAUGUAAAUAAACACUAUGCUGCAACUCAGAUUAUGGAGCUGUUACUUCUCAA